UCAUGACCUGAACGGGAAACCCUAACUGUUGUAUCGUCUGAACAUGCUGCGUAGCCGCUUCUGUUACUCUAAAUUCCAGGAUACCGAGACUUUCCUGGAAGCAAUGAAAACAAUUAUUGUGACGCGUAAGGCUCAAAUUAUCUCUAUAAAUGGAUGUAGAUGGAGGGCAUAUCUUGUGCUCUGUACUGGGUAAUACUUCUCCAUUAAUUUAAAUCUCUGGAUUUUUGUGACAUAGGUCCUAUGGGAAUCUGUCUGUCUUCCCAAGUAAUUGAUCCUACUGUUAAGUUAGUAAUGGAGGAUGGGAGGUUGAAGGAGUUUGCUGACCCUGUGAAGGUAGAAGAAAUAUUGAGAGAAAGGCAAGGCUUCUUUCUCUGUCAUUCUGAUUCCAUGGCUUUUGAUCAGUAUUUGACUCCUCUCAAUGCACACGACGUACUGCAACUUGAUGAACUGUAUUUUGUCCUCCCUGAAAUAAAAUUAAAAUACCCAUUACCCGCUUCAGAAAUGGCCGCCAUGGCCAUAAAAGCCCUUUCUGCACUGGAACGAAGCUCGAGCAAAAGCCAAAGUCGGUCUAGAGUCAUGCCUUUGGAGAAAAUUGUUAUGGAUAGCCACCAAAACCAAAGAAUUCCGUUAACAGACGGAAUGGAAGAGUUCUGUGUUGCAGAAGAAUCAGAGGUUUUAAAAUGGAGACAUGUGGGGUAUGAUUCGAGAUCUGUUAAGAAAUAUAAGCGCUCAUCGUCGAGAGGAAGUAUGGCUUCACGAAAGGCAUGGAAGACGAGACUUACCACAGUUCCCGAGGGAUUCGCUUAUUGAAUGUUUAAGAAAAAAAUUAAAAUUAAAUUUUGAAUUUUCUCAAAUUAUAGUUAGACUUUAUUGGCAUAUUUUUUGAGUUGAAAUAUCCGAAGACUAUUCAGGUCUACACCCUGCUUUAUUCUCUUUUGUAUGUUGGUCUGUUUGUAGUACAGUUAGGUUGCCUCUCACAAGGAGUAUAGAGUAGUUUCCUAUAAGCCAUCUGCACGCCUAUAUACAAACCACUUGCAUUGUAGACUAUAAAAGAAUCUUUCCUUUCUUUUUAUUUUCCGUCUUUUUAAGACACGAAAAUAAUGAUAGCACGACACUAGUAAUAGCUAAUGAUCUUGUGUUCCCUCGAGGGAAUUUCAUAAUGCAAGUUUGUUUUUUAUUUUUCUUUUCUCAUGAGAAUAAAAUUAACUUGUUGACAUGACAUUCAGAUA